UUUGUCCUCGCUGCCUUCGCAACCCUUGUUUACUACAAUGCCAUCGAGCUGAUCGUGCUCUGCUUGGCCACCUUCAAGCGCUGCGGCAGCCUGUACUUCUGGUGCUUGCUCAUCACCUCGAUCAGCCUGAUCCCACACGUCAGCGGAUAUGUCCUUCUCUUCUUCCGCCAGGAUGUCUCGCGGUAUGCCGCCGUUUCGCUCAUUAUUAUCGGCUGGAUCUGCACCGUCACCGGGCAGUCGCUGGUCCUCUGGUCGCGUCUGCAUUUCGUCCUUCAUAACCCCCGCCUCAUCAAAGGCCUUCUUGUCAUGAUCAUCGUCAAUGCGUUCCUCUUGCACACGCCCAUAACCGUCCUUCUUUUCGGCACCGUCUCUCCAAGGCCCUCCUUGUCGCACACCUUCUCUGUCGGAUACAAUAUCAUGGAACGGAUCCAGCUCGUGGGGUUCUGCAUCCAGGAAUUCAUCCUCUCCGGCGUGUAUGUUUGGGAAACGACUAAAAUGUUGCGCCUGCGCUCAGAAGCACACCACCGCCGGAUCCUCGCGCAAUUGCUCGCCAUGAACGUCGUCGUGCUGGUCAUCGACCUGGUCGUCGUCAUCGUCGAGUACAUAGGCUUCUACGCGGUGCAGGUGAUGUUCAAGCCCGUCGCGUACAGCAUCAAGUUGAAGCUUGAGUACGCGGUGCUCGGCCGCCUGGUGCAGAUUGCGCAGGGCGGCUCUGCGGCGGCCUCU